AUGGAUUCUAGUGAUCAAUUUGAAAUGCAAGAACCCAGUAUUGAAACGGAUAAGCUCAGCUACGAAAUUUUCUCUAUUCUCGAAAGCAAGUUUCUCUUUGGCUACGAUGAACAGAAGCUCUGGUUUCCUAAGCAAAUACCUCCUACUGGUAUGGAUUCUCAACAAACUCCGACUGUUGCUUCCGUUGACGGAGUUUCCUCCGUUAAGAAUCAGCGUGGAAAGAUAUGUAUACUCGCAAUCGACGGUGGUGGCAUGCGUGGGAUUCUCGCCGGAAAAGCGCUGGCAUAUCUUGAAAACGCGUUGAAGAAAAAAUCAGGUGACCAGAACGCGAGAAUCGCGGAUUAUUUCGACGUCGCAACUGGCUCCGGCGUUGGAGGUAUUUUCAUUGCGAUGCUGUUUGCGACAAAAGAUCAACAACGACCGAUUUACUCAGCGGAUGAUACAUGGCGGCUAUUAGCCGAACAAGGGAAGAAAUUCUACGGAAGCUCCGGAAGCCGCGGGUUUUUAAAGAGACUAUUCGGAAGUGGCGGUUCGAGUUCAGUUGAAACGGCGACUGCCGGUAUGGAGAAAACCGUUAAAGAAGCUUUUACGGCGGAGAACGGUCGUUGUUUAACGUUGAAAGAUACGCUGAAACCGGUUUUGAUACCGUGUUAUGAUUUGUCAAGUACGGCGCCGUUUUUGUUCUCGCGUGCCGACGCUUUGGAAACGGAUAGCUUUGAUUUUCGUUUGUGGGAAGUGUGUAGAGCGACUUCGGCUGAACCGGGUUUAUUAGAACCGGUUCAAAUGCGGUCUGUUGAUGGACAAACCAAAUGCGUGGCGGUUGAUGGUGGUUUGGCGAUGAGUAACCCAACGGGUGCGGCCAUCACGCACGUGCUACACAAUAAACAGGAGUUUCCGUUCGUGCGAGGCGUGGAGGAUCUUCUUGUGCUUUCACUUGGAACCGGUCAACUCGUUGAAGUCAAGUGUGAUUUUGAUCGUGUUAAUCGCUGGAAGGCUAAGGAUUGGGCCCGGCCGAUGGCCCGUAUUUCGAGCGACGCCUCGGCGGACCUUGUUGAUCAGGCUGUUGCGAUGGCGUUUGGGCAUUGCCGGAGUACUAAUUACGUUCGAAUUCAGGCAAAUGGGUCGAGUAUGGCGCAAUGUGGACCUAGUGGGGAUACAGAUGCAAGUCCGAGCAAUGUUAAAAUGUUGAUGGGAAUAGCAGAGGGAAUGCUGAAGCAGGAAAAUGUAGAAUCAGUUCUGUUUGGAGGGAAGAAGAUUGGGGAGCAGAGUAAUUUCCAGAAACUCGAUUGGCUUGCUGGAGAACUUGUUCAAGAGCAUCAGAGGAGGAGCUGCAGAAUAGCUCCCACUGUUGCGUUCAAACAAGCUACUCCAAAACCCACCUAG